GACUCCAAUUCAGCACAAAGCUUGAAAGUACAAAAUAGUGAAUUUUAUCACUCUUCCUUGUUUGAAGGAGCAACACUUCAUUACACAAGUGUCAUAAUGGAGGAAAUCAACAACACACCAAUGAACGUAUCAGAAGAAACCAGCAAAUGGCUAUCUGAUUUGGAAAUGGAUGAGUAUAAUUUAUUUCCUGAAGAAUGCAACCUAAACUUCCUUGAUGCUGAUGAGGAAGAGUUUCUUCCACAAGAACAAACCCAACAACAAUGUUUGAGUUCAGAGUCCAAUUCCACAACUUUCACCAACUCAUUCACUGAUGAAACAAAUUUUGACUCUUUUGACUUUGAUUUUGAAAUUGAGAGACCAACCAUGGAGCUGAACACAAUCUUUAGUGACAACAGCAUCAUUGAAACCAUUUCACCAAAACUUUCUCCAUCAUCAUCUAACUCAUCUUUGCACUCUCAGAUUUUGUCUUUUGACAACCUCCCAAAUUCACCUGCUACCAACACCCCUCAAUUUUGUGGACUCACCCCUACCUUAAUCUCAAAGUCAAAACAAAACAAAACAGUGUUAGUGUCUCCACCCCAAAUAAGAAACAUUCAUGUCUCAACUCAAAAUCCUAUAGGGUUAUCCAAAAAUCAAAACUUUGCAACAAAAACCUCUCAAACCAAAAGGUCUCGAGCCAACGCUGAUGAUCAUAUCAUGGCUGAGAGAAAGCGAAGAGAGAAACUUAGCCAAAGCUUCAUUGCUCUUGCAGCUCUUGUUCCUAACUUGAAAAAGAUGGACAAGGCUUCUGUAUUAGCUGAGUCUAUAAUCUACGUGAAAGAGCUUAAAGAGCGUUUGGAAGUUUUGGAAGAACAAAACAAGAAAACAAAGGUAGAGUCCGUGGUUGUUCUGAAGAAACCAGACCAUAGUAUCGAUGAUGAUGAUGAUGAUGAUGAUAACUCAUCAUGUGAUGAGAGUAUUGAAGGUGCUACUGAUUCAUCCGUACAAGUGCAAGCAAGAGUGUCAGGGAAAGAGAUGCUGAUUCGGAUUCACUGCGAGAAGCACAAGGGAAUUCUGGUGAAAGUCAUGGCUGAGAUUCAAAGCUUUCAAUUGUUUGCUGUGAAUAGUAGUGUCUUACCCUUUGGGGAUUCCAUUGACAUUACUAUCAUUGCUGAGAUGGGUGAAAGGUACAACUUGAGCAUAAAGGAACUUGUCAAGAACCUACACAUGGCAGCAUUGAAGUUUAUGUCAUCAAAAAUCACAGACUGAAGUUGUUAAUCACAUUUAAUACGAAUCUGCAGCUACGACGUAGAUCCUGCGAAUGCAAACCCUUUCUAUAAAUAGCAUGUGAUAAUCUGCUCAUGUGCACAGUGUUCGAUUCCUAGAAGAUAUGUUUAGAAAGAAAUAAACGCAAAUAUAUGGACGAUCCUACCACCAUUAAGUAGUUUACUUUUUAUGAGACAACCUUGGUAAAUACUUAAUAAGUCUCACUGAUUAGCCCUUUCAAUAUCAAUGUUUUUUUAGUUAAAAAAA